AUGAAUGAAGGAACACUCAGUCCGAAUAGACUGAUCAACGAAACAAGUCCCUAUCUACUCCAGCAUGCCUACAAUCCUGUUGACUGGUAUCCUUGGGGUCCAGAGGCACUGGAAAGAGCAAAAAAUGAAAAUCGACUGAUUCUCCUGUCAAUCGGCUACUCCGCAUGUCAUUGGUGCCAUGUGAUGGAGCGAGAGUCAUUCGAGGACGAAGAAAUUGCCGAAAUCAUGAAUGAAAACUAUAUUUGCAUCAAGGUUGAUCGGGAAGAACGUCCAGACCUCGACAAGGUCUACCAAACUGCACAUCAGAUGUUCAAUCAACGUGCUGGAGGAUGGCCACUGACAGCGUUCCUCACUCCAGACGAACACACCCCGGUGUAUGUCGGUACCUAUUUCCCCGAUACACCGCGCGCUGGAAUGCCAUCUUUUGGCUCUCUUCUUGAAAAUGUCGCAGAGCAGUAUCAGGAAAAGAAACAGCAUCUUGCGCAACACAACAAGGUUAUAAAAGACGCCUUUGCGCGUCUAAGAACAGUGGCAAGCAAUAGCGAACUGCCGCUAGAGGAAUCACUCAUGGAGUCCGCGGUUCAGGAACUUUUUCAGCAGUAUGACCCUGUUUAUGGAGGUUUCGGUGAUGCACCGAAGUUUCCACAUCCUACCCAAUUAAUACUAUUGCUGGCGUUUGGACGACGGCGGCAAGCCAGCGCAGCAAAAAAGGAAAGAGCCAUCGACAUUACAGUGCAUACGCUGGAGGCAAUGGCGAAUGGCGGUUUGCGUGAUCAAAUUGGUGGAGGAUUCUGCCGAUAUUCAGUGGAUGCGAAGUGGGAAAUCCCUCAUUUUGAGAAGAUGCUGUAUGACAAUGCACAGUUGCUUCCAGUCUAUGUUGACGCGGGAAUUUUGAACAAUCGCCAGGAUUUUCUCGAUAUUGCAGUACAGACAGGCGAAUGGGUAGUGCGGGAAAUGCAAUCCGAAAACGGCGGGUAUUAUUCCACAAUUGAUGCGGAUUCUGAGGGUGAAGAAGGGAAAUUCUACGUUUGGACAGUUGAGGAACUGAAAGAAGAGCUUUCCUAUGAAGAAUUUAAGGUUGUAGACAUUCGCUAUGGACUUCGAGGUGAACCGAAUUUUGAGGACAAUUGGCACUUGAGAGUGGCCAAUCCGCUCAGUGUCGUUGCCGAACGAUCUGGAAUACCGAGUUCGGAAAUUCCGAUAUUACUUGAAAGUGCCCGUCAAAAGUUGUUUUCAGUUCGCAGCAGACGAAUUCCGCCCGAUCGGGAUGAAAAAAUUCUCGCAUCAUGGAACGGUCUCAUGAUCAAAGCGAUGGCCAGAGCUGGCAGACUGCUCAAGCGACCGGACUUCAUCGACUCAGCAGCGCGCGCGCUCGAAUUUGUACAUACUCAAAUGUGGAAAAAUGGCAGAUUGCUUGCAACAGCCAAAGACAAUAGAGCGCAUUUGAACGCGUAUCUUGAUGAUUAUGCAUUCUUGGCGGAUGGUAUUCUCGAACUAUUGCAGGCUAGGUGGAGCAAUUCUGACCUGAAUUUUGCAAUGGAACUGUUAGAUGUUCUACUGGAUCAAUUCACAGACCCGACGACGGGUGCAUUUCACUUUACCUCGGAUGAUCACGAAACAUUGCUUCAUCGCGCCGUACCAACUCAUGACGAGGCGACUCCCUCCGGUAACGGAAUUGCUGCACAGGUUCUAGCCAAGGCAGCUUAUUUGCUAGGUGAAAAUCGAUACAUGGACGCUGCGACAAAAACCAUGCAUGCACUUCACCCGGCGGCACUGCACCUGCCGUCGGCAUUUGGUACCAGCGUAAUUGCAAUUGAGGAAACGAUCAAUCCAAGUCCGAUUGUGGUGAUUCGAGGCAAACUUGACAAUAUUAACGAAUGGGCGGAUGCUUGUAGUGAAGCUGCUCCGCUAAACACGAUGGUAUUUCCAAUCCCGCUGGACGCAGAUGAAGGACUUCCAGGACUGCUGAAAGAAAAAUCCGGCGGUACCGAUGUGGUUGCGUAUCUUUGCAGUGGAUUCACCUGUUCUGCGCCGUGUAGUUCACUUGAAGAACUGAAAAAAAUAAUCGGGAAUGUCUAG